GCCCCCAGGGGGCAGAGUUCCCGGACUCGUGCCUGUGCCGCUACCUGGGGCUGAGGCCCCACCACUUCCCGCAGCGGUCCGCACCUUCCCUUUCUCCGUCCUCUCAGCCGGCUGGGGCUCCGCUGAGCUCCAGAUUUCCCCGCCCGCGGCCGCCGCCUGGGGACAGGAGCCGAGGCGCGGCAGGACACCCGCGGUGGGGGGCGAGGUGGGGAGGUGAAGGCGGUCCGCACGCGGGGGCGGGAGGAGGCUGGGGGAUUCGGGGGACGCGGCAGCCCCGCCCCCGCCCCCUCCUCUCCUCCGCUCCUAGCCCGAGAAGCUGGCGAGCAUGGACCAGACCCCGCGGCGCUGGCACCAUGACGCUCGCCCGCUUCGCGCUGGCCCUGGUGUUCGGGGCGCUCCCCGAAGUGGUCGGUUUUGAGUCUGUCCUCAAUGAUUCCCUCCACUACCGCCACCGCCAUUCGCCCCCUCCGGGUCCGCUGUACCCUCGUUACCUUCCCACGGAGCAGCGGCCCCGGAGGACGCGCCCGCCGCCGCCUCUCCCGCGCUUCCCGCGCCCCCCGCGGGCGCUCCUUGCCCUGCGCCCGCACGCCCUCCAGGCGGGGCACACGCCGGGGCCGCACCCCCGGGGCUGCCCCGCCGGCGAGCCGUGGGUCAGCGUGACGGACUUCGGCGCCCUGUGUCUGCGGUGGGCGGAGGUGCCACCCUCCCUGGAGCGGUCGUCCCCGGCGGGCUGGGCUCAGCUGCGAGGGCAGCGCCACAACUUUUGUCGGAGCCCCGACGGCGCGGGCAGACCCUGGUGCUUCUACGGAGACGCCCGCGGCAAGGUGGACUGGGGCUACUGCGACUGCAGACACGGAUCAGUACGACUUCGUGGAGGCAAAAAUGAGUUUGAAGGCACAGUGGAAGUGUAUGCAAAUGGAGUCUGGGGCACUGUCUGUAGCAGCCACUGGGAUGAUUCUGAUGCAUCAGUCAUUUGUCACCAGCUGCAGCUGGGAGGAAAAGGAAUAGCUAAACAAACCCCGUUUUCUGGACUGGGCCUUAUUCCCAUUUACUGGAGCAAUGUCCGUUGCCGAGGAGAUGAAGAAAAUAUACUGCUUUGUGAAAAAGACAUCUGGCAGGGUGGGGUGUGUCCUCAGAAGAUGGCAGCUGCUGUCAUGUGUAGCUUUUCCCAUGGCCCAGCAUUCCCCAUCAUUCGCCUUGCUGGGGGCAGCAGUGUGCAUGAAGGCCGGGUGGAGCUCUACCAUGCUGGCCAGUGGGGAACCGUCUGUGAUGACCAAUGGGAUGAUGCCGAUGCGGAAGUGAUCUGCAGGCAGCUGGGCCUCAGUGGCAUUGCCAAAGCAUGGCAUCAGGCAUAUUUUGGGGAAGGAUCUGGCCCAGUUAUGUUGGAUGAAGUACGUUGUACUGGGAAUGAGCUUUCAAUUGAGCAAUGUCCGAAGAGUUCCUGGGGAGAGCACAACUGUGGCCAUAAAGAAGAUGCUGGAGUGUCCUGUACCCCUCUAACAGGGAGAAGAAGGAAAUGGACAAGGCAAGAGAGGUUGAGUCAUCAGAAACCAUUUGAUGGGGUCAUCAGACUUGCAGGUGGGAAAGGCAGCCAUGAGGGUCUCUUGGAGGUGUAUUACAGCGGCCAGUGGGGGACUGUCUGUGAUGAUGGCUGGACUGAGCUGAAUACAUACGUGGUUUGUCGACAGUUGGGAUUUAAAUAUGGUAAACAAACGUCUGCCAACCAUUUUGAAGAAAGCACAGGGCCCAUAUGGUUGGAUGAUGUGAGCUGCUCAGGAAAGGAAACCAGAUUUCUUCAGUGUUCCAGGCGACAGUGGGGAAGGCAUGACUGUAGCCACCAGGAGGAUGUUGGCAUUGCCUGCUACCCUGGCAGCGAGGGACACAGGCUUUCUCUGGGUUUUCCUGUCAGACUGAUGGAUGGAGAAAAUAAGAAAGAAGGACGAGUAGAGGUUUUUAUCAAUGGCCAGUGGGGAACAAUCUGUGAUGAUGGAUGGACUGAUAAGGAUGCAGCUGUGAUCUGUCGUCAGCUUGGUUAUAAGGGUCCUGCCAGAGCUAGAACUAUGGCUUAUUUUGGAGAAGGAAAAGGACCCAUCCAUGUGGAUAAUGUGAAAUGCACAGGAAAUGAGAGGUCCUUGGCUGACUGUAUCAAGCAAGACAUUGGAAGACACAACUGCCGCCACAGUGAAGAUGCGGGAGUUAUUUGUGAUUAUUUUGGCAAGAAGCCCUCAGGUAACAGUAAUAAAGAGUCCCUCUCAUCUGUUUGUGGCUUGAGAUUACUGCACCGUCGGCAGAAGCGGAUCAUUGGUGGGAAAAAUUCUUUAAGGGGUGGUUGGCCUUGGCAGGUUUCCCUCCGGCUGAAGUCACCCCAUAGAGAUGGCAGGCUCCUCUGCGGGGCUACGCUCCUGAGUAGCUGCUGGGUCCUUACAGCAGCGCACUGUUUCAAGAGGUAUGGCAACAGCACUAGGAACUAUGCUGUUCGGGUUGGGGAUUAUCAUACUCUGGUACCAGAGGAGUUUGAGGAAGAAAUUGGAGUUCAAGAGAUUGUGAUUCAUCGGGAAUAUCGACCUGACAGCAGUGAUUAUGACAUAGCCCUGGUUAGAUUACAAGGACCAGAAGAGCAAUGUGCCAGAUUCAACAGCCACGUUUUGCCAGCCUGUUUACCACUCUGGAGAGAGAGGCCACAGAAGACAGCAUCCAAUUGUUACAUAACAGGAUGGGGAGACACAGGACAAGCCUAUUCAAGAACACUACAACAAGCAGCCAUACACUUACUUCCUAAGAGGUUUUGUGAAGAACGUUAUAAGGGUCGGUUUACAGGGAGAAUGCUCUGUGCUGGAAACCUCCAUGAACACAAACACGUGGACAGCUGCCAGGGAGACAGUGGAGGACCGCUCAUGUGUGAACGGCCUGGAGAGAGCUGGGUGGUGUAUGGAGUGACCUCCUGGGGGUAUGGCUGUGGAGUCAAGGAUUCUCCUGGUGUUUAUACCAAAGUCUCAGCCUUUGUACCUUGGAUAAAAAGUGUCACCAAACUGUAAUUCAUGGAAACCUCAAAGAAGCAUUUAAACAGAUGGAAAACUUUGAACCCCCGCCAUUAGCACUCAGCAGAGAUGACAACAAAUGGGGACUGAGAUCUGUGUUUUUGCUUUGUUUUGUGCUUAAAAAAUUGUGUACCUCUUGCUGCUUGUGAGAAUUUGUAUUGUGAAUAUUUUCAGAGACUCAUUGUAGUCGAAUAGUGAUAACCCUUAAAUGAGCAUCGUUGUCUACCCAAAUUUCACUGGAGUGACUUAUUCUAAGUCUCAUCUAUCCGUGCCUGUUUUCUCAAAAUCAUUCUGUGCUCAUUUCACAAAAGGUCAUUUUUAUAUUUUGGAAACCAGUAUCCUUAAGUACCAAGCGCUACAAAAACCAUAAAAUAUUUUCUGCCUACAGUGUAUAAACUACUAGCAAAAUUUGAAAGGAUUUCUGGUUAACGAAGUGCCAGCUGGACAUACAGCCUAGUUUAUCCAACACAUUAACGUAUCUACUAUAUUCAUUUUUAUCAAGCACUUCAGAUUUAACUCAGAAUUGGUCUAAGAGUGCCACCUACUGACACUUACUUGUAAGUCACUUGCAGACCAACCUGAUACAAUCCAGUCUUAAAAUACACUAGUCAAAAUGCUUUCCUGGCGUUUACACUGGAAUAGUAGCUUUAAAUUGUUUUAAUGCACAAGCAAUUGUAUGCCAGGCACUACAUUAGAUGGCUAUGCACAUCACUGACAAUUUGCAAAAGGCCAGUAGGAUCUUAUAGCAGCAGCCCUAGUUUUCAAAUAGGGGAAAACAGACUUACCUCAAAGUGAGACCAGUUGGUAAAACAUUGAUUCAUAACUCCAGAAAAAGGAGUCCCAAUGCUGGAUUUUUUUCCCCAUGGUUCUCCCACCUAAGGAUUGUUUCCCUAUGGCUAUUUCCCUAAGGGUUAAGGGAUGGCUGCUUAACCCUUAGAGAAUUAAACUAUGCACUUUUAUAGGACAUUCUCGGCAGUAAUGCUCAUAUUUAAAAGGCACACUCAAGAUACUUCAAUGUCAUGGAUACUUCCCCAGGUCCCUCGUAUAAAUAUAUAGGUUAGCAUGAACUUUCAGAUGGUUUUAAGUAAUCCUCUUGAAUGCCAGUCACAUAAGGACUUUGCCUUUCUACAUCAAAUUACAUCCUUUUCACAAAUCCCCAUUUCUGUAAUAAGUGGUGCAAACCAAAAGGUGCUUUAUAGUUUUACUACUUUGCAGACCUGCAACGCUGCAUAUAAUGCAGAGCAUUAAAAACUUUUGUAAAAACUUAAGGACUCUGAUAAACUUUUAAAGCAGCAUUUACAUGUAAAUAGAGCUACACAUGGCACACACUUGCACAAGGGCUUGGGAAGAAUGUGCAAUAUAGGUGAGAAAUCUAUUGAAAUUUUCUCACAGGCUGCCCUUGUAAUUAAACUACAGGUGCUGGUGCAAGCAACAUCUAUGUUUCAAGUCAAUCAGGGAAUAAACCUAAAAGGCAGUAAACAGCCUGCAGUUUACUCAACCCUGAAUACAUGGUUCAUAUAGCAUGCUUUUAUUAUAACCAACUGUCUUAAGUGUGACUUUUGAAAGAUACAAGUGUUCUGUGCAUCUUUGUGUAAAUAAAGUACAUAAUUUUUCACCUUGUA